AUGCCGACGCCCAGUCCCCCCGCGCUCCGUGUGGGCCUCGAGAUUGAAAACAUUGGCGAGCGCGUGGCCGCCUCCAAGAAGCGUCUGAGCUGGCGCUUCGUCUUCGACGGCUGCGAGGAGGUGCACACGGUCACGCUCGAGCACUCGCGCGUGACGGCCAAGAAGCGCGUCAAGCUCGACGGCAAGCGCAUCGGCGCGUCCGAGAGCUACGCCGGCGGCUGGACCUUUGACUUUUCCGUGCCCAGCCGGCCAAGCGUCCCGUUCCAGAUUGUCAUCAAGGACAUCAACCAGCUGAGCUUUGUCGAGCGAGCAAAGGCGAAAGCGAAUCUGACAGCCGACAACCUCUACGUGCUCUUGAUUGACCGCUGGGAGUGGGACUCGCUGCCCGAGCGCGAGCUCAAAUACGAGCGCUUUGUGAGCUCCAAGUGGAGCUCCAAGUCGUAUGCGCGGCGCGUGCAUUAUGCGAUCGAUUGCAACGAACACAAGGACGUGCGCGUCGCGUGGACGUUUACGUUUGGCCAAGACGGCCCGGUGCACCAGCUGCUCAUGGAAGACUGCGCCGACGGCAGCAAGAGCCUCGUGCUGGACCGCACGUCCAUCCGCCACGAAGAGGCGCCCAACGGGCCGCCGCCCACGCGUGGCAGCAACUGGCACGCGACCCACGAGAUGGGCGAGGACAAGCACGAGCUCGCGAUCAGCGUGUCCAAGAGCCAGGGCGAAAUCACGUACGUGCUGCACAUCAACGGCUCCAAGUGGGAAGAGAUGGCCGAGACCGAAUAUGUCCUCGAGCCCGGCUUCUAUCCCGUCUUCUCCAAGUCGACGGGCCGUGUCUACUACCGCAAUGACACGACCAAGCAAACGACGUGGACAAAGCCCUCGGUGCUGCGGAGCGACGUGAGCAAGCUGGCAUCGCCCGAAGCGCGCGACUCGAUUGCGGGCUGGUCGCUUUCGCCGCGCUCGAGUGCGCACAGCGGCGGCAUGAUGGACCUCAUGAGCUUCAACGAGGAUGGCACGGGCACGGCGACGUCAUCUCGGACGUCGUCGCUGACGUCGGCGGCCGACCUGCACGUCAAGAAGCCCGAGAUCAUCGACCUGUUGAGUUAG